UUUCCGGAUUUGGUGAAACCGCAGCAAAAGGAUGAAGGAGUGUUGCUGCUGCAAACGACAUCGUUAUCGAAUGUGAAAUCGUCUACCACGGGCACUCCACUAGCUGCUCCGGGUACCGUAUCGUCUGUCGGUGGUCGAAGAUCAACGGGAGCAUCGGAUGCACCGCUGGUGGAACCCCUGUUUCAACUCCAGUACGAACGGAAACCAUUGUCGUACGAUACGGACUGUCGGUUGAUGGUGAAAUCGAAAUCCCUCGACAUCGUCUACAACAUGGAAGCGGUCCGGUGGUUGGUGGACUUUCUCGCAAAGCCCCACCAACAGUACGAUGCCCGCCGCCGGCUGGAGGACAUGAAAAACAAAACCAAACAGGAGCUGAUGCGUAACUGGAACUACAUCAUCGAGGGUCAUCUGAACGAGCGAACGACGUGGACGCUCGAGUUUGAUAUCUGCGCACCGCAGAUCAUCUUCGUGGACAAUUUUAGCGAUCGCAUCAACAGCACGAUCAUUGUGAUUGACUUUGGCCGUUUGCAGCUAACGAACGGUGGCAGGCAAGGACUUUCACCGGUCCCUGGUGUUACCACAGGAACAGCAUCCGGUACGAAUGGGCCACGAGGUGGUGCCUCUGCUGGUGGUGGAGGCACGGGUUCGGGAGGACGUGCUGUUCAAAAGUCACCCGAUCAGACAGAAAACGAUGAGGAUGAUGCAUUUAUGACGCCCUGCUCAACGCCACCGGGUUCGGAGGCGAGUACCACAGACUCGCCAACGCUCGAGAGCGCCAUUUCGGAGGUACCCGGACAGCAGCAGCAUGGUAACGAGCGAAUGGGCCCUGGUGGCGCAGCACUCUCAAUGGCAGCGGCAGCCGAGGCGCUGAGUGAUUUUCAGCUCUACCAAAGACUUUACGAUCGCUAUCACAUUCAGCUGACGGAUCUACAGGUGCUGGUUUGUCACGCGAAGGAGCGCUGGACUACGGCAAGUCUGAAGGGAACAUCGAACCUACACGUGCUCGAUCGGUUCAGUAUUGUGCUGCAGGUCGAGCGGCGUGUUGUCUACACGAACGAUCCACAAUACCCGAGCCUCACGCUUUCCGGCACGCUACCUAAGCUGAACGCACACAUCAACGAAUACAAAGUGUCCUCGAUACUGACCCUCGCUAACAAGCUGACGCGUGCGGGGGGACCAACUAUGCAAACACCGGUUCCACCAUCGAACCGUGUCGAUGGUUCAGCAGUGAAGACAAAUACCACUAAGCUGGCAAACGAUGGGAUGACCAGCGACGAAGAUGCCACAAGUUCCGAGGGAUCUUCGGUGACGAACAUCGUCGUGUUUCAGUUCACCAUCGAUCAGAUGUCCCUGGAGGUGCAGUCACGUGGCCGAAGUGUAGCCGAGCUGCAGGUAUCGGGCGUGAAGGCGGGCUACAGUCAGCGUCCGGAGGAUAUCAGCCUGACGCUGUCCGUGCACGGACUCCUGCUGGUCGAUGCGAUGCAAUCGUUUGGUCAAGAUUUUGAACUCCUAAUCGCCAGUCAUCGGCAUGUUGGGAUGGACAGUCUAUCCGGAAGUCUGUUGCAAAGUGAACCGAGCUCACCAUGCUCACCAGCAUCACCACCAGAUCCAAUGGCAGACUACAAUCGUCCAACCAGUCCGCUUACCAUAUCUAAAGCGUUAAACAAUCUGCAGCGAGCAACUUCUCCCACAUGGAAUGCGGCAUGGUCGGCACUCGGCGAUCUAGAUGCACUUAUCACGGUGGAGAUUGUGUUCGUUACGGCUGAACGGCCCGAAGAUCGGCUACAGGUGGCUAACAUACAAUUUAACAACUUGGAUAUCAUCGCAAAUCAAGAAACGAUCGUUGAGCUGCUUGGCUUUGUAAAGCGUGUCAUCCCGGCUCCAAUGCCUACUCCACCAGAACAAACCAAUGGGCUCUAUGGAACUGGCGAGAAUUGGCCACAAACUUCAGCGGAAACAUCACCGCGUACUCCAAAACCUACAAACGACACUCGCCAACGACCAACGGAUACGGUUGACGCAGGUGCAGCAGUAGGAGCGGAGGCGCCGAAUCCGGUGCGUCUCGAGAUAACGUUCGACUUCCAUCGGUUGAAUGUGCUCGUGUUACGCGCCUUGAUUCGUGACAACUACCUCGUUGGCCGCAAGGUGGGCACGUUCACGAUGUCAGAAGCGAAGAUUCAUGCGACGCUCGGAUCGGUCAUUACGGUUGAGGGUUCCUUAGGUGGGCUGCAGGUGUUGGAUCUGACGCCAGAAGGUGUUAACCAUCAGCGCAUCCUUUCCGUCGGUAAAGAUCCGCUUACCGAGCCUAGGCGUGGUCCAGCUUCCGAGGCAGAUGCAACGAUGGAUAGAGAUGGUGCCGGGGAACCGGAUCUGAUGAAAUCACUGGCACAGGAAGUGUACGGUAUGAUGGGUGCCGGUGGUAAGCGCAGCUCUUCACCGGGCGUCGAUCAACAGCAGACACUGCACGAAGAAAGGCAGGCCCUUUCGUUUCGCGUCUCGAAGGAUCUGAACGCCUGCAUCGAUAUCCGUGUAAAGAUGGCUUCGGUGUGGUUCAUACACUGUGCACGAUUCAUGCAAGAGCUCAGCUGGUGUGCGACGGAGUUUAAGCACUACCUCAAGAACCUGGCCCGCUCGAUUAGGGAGAAGGCCACGGACAUGGCCCUAGGUCUUGUACAAUCACGAACGGAUCUGUCCGGUAGCCGGCCGGAGAGUAGCUACGCUUCACCUAGACGCGUCCGUCGACAGCGAACAGUUUCCCUUUCCCGGACGCAGGACGUACUGCUGAAUUCGGACUACACGCUGAAGAUGGACAUUACGCUGGAAACUCCGGUACUGAUACUGCCACGCAGCAGCAGCAGCCCCCAGGUGCUGGUCGCUCAUCUCGGGCGUAUCACCGUAAGCAACACGCAGGAACAGACCGGAAGCUCCAGUCCCCAGGAGCGUAUCGUUAUUAACGUUUCGAAUCCUCCGACGGUGCUACUCGAGGAGGAAGGCUAUACCUUCGGUGGUCACCGUUGGCGAGAGGAUGAUGGAGCCGAUCGGACGUCGAUCGAUUGCAAUCUAAGCGAUUUGGAUGGAAUCUUUGAACCACCGCUGGACGGAUCCACGAUAGAGGCCGGUAACAGUGGCCGCAUACGGUUUGCCAAGGAGGAUUCGACGGAGUUUAUCGAUAGUAUAGCGGCCGAUGCAGCAGCUAGUCGUCCGGUGGGUGGUUCAACAGGAACGAUGGAUUUGGAUGUGUAUCGGAUCGACUUCCGGAACAUCAAUCUCUACUCACUCGAUACGACCAACCGGAAGGGAUUCCGUUUCGCUGGAUUACCGCGAGCGGAGGAUCUGUAUUCGUGCAAAGAGAACGCCAUCCCAAUCAUACACGAUACGAUCUUCAGUUUGGAGAUCUACCGCGAGCAGUGCGGUAGUGCCAGCGAUGGUGGUGAAUGUGAAGAUGGUAGCGACGGGUUUCGUAUUGUGGGUUGCGUCGUGAAACCGUUACGUUUGUCGCUCAAACGUCAGCAAUACGAGCAGCUCCUGGAGACGAUCGAUAAUUUGUUCAAGAUCCCGAAAGACCUAGUACGGCCACCGAGCGAGGUACCGACGACCCUGGAAAAGGUAACCGAACUGGCCGAGGAAUCAUCCUUCCACACCUUUCCGCUACCAUCGAAGGCACGUCAGGCACUGUUCUAUCAAGCCAGUCUCGAUGAUCAGCGUUCGCUUGGCGGUGCUGGUGGUGCUAGUGGUGCAUCAUCGUCGGCGAUCGCUAUACGAGUUCACUUUGAGCUGCCAGCGUUCAUCAUCCAACUGAACGGUAAUCGGAACGAGGCGCUGGUGCAAAUAUCGUUCCGUGAUUUCUGUGUCGAUUUCGAUAAGAGAACCCAGUACGAAACGCACAUCAAGAUAUCGCUUCGUUCGCUGCUGAUGGAAGAUCUGCUGCAACCGGAUACGGCCAAGAACCGGUACAUGGUAGUGACGUCGGCAGAACGAGACUCUGCGACAGCGCGGCUCAACUGCUCGUCGUUUGCAUCGCACUCGUGUCCCAAUCUGGUCGGUUUGCUGUUGGCCAACAUGGAAGGGUUGCCCAACUCUUUGCCGACCAAUCUGGAAGAUAAGACCGGAUUCUCCUUUUUAACUGCAAACAAAUCGCUCUGCCCAGAGACACCACCACCGACACCCUCGAUACGUAAGCCAAGCCCCGGGGCACGGUUGAAUCCGGAGGAAAAUCUAGUUAUCUAUAGCUCGGUGCUGGUCGAUCCAGCUUGUCCAACGUUCGCCACGAAGAUCGGUUCCCUGCAGCAGUCCAGCUUUAUCGAUUUCAACUCGCUCGAUCUGAUCGUCUCGGUCGAGAGCUGGUUCGUGCUGUUGGACUUUUUCGGUCUGCUGUCGGAUUCGGACUCGGACUCGCCUUCGAGUGGCGAUAAAGCAAGCGGUUCAAAUCGAGCGGAUACUGGAAUAACCACCGACAGUGCUUCACCGAAAGGUUCCAACCAACAGCAACCGGUUGAGCCGGUUCCAGCAGCGAAUGCUAUCGGACAGUCAAAGCUUGAAAUUUCGGUUCGAUCUUUGAGUCUGGUGUUGGCCAAACCGACGUACGAGAUUGCAAAAGCGAACGUCUCGAAUGCACAGCUCACGAUCUCGAAGCGAGGACCAGCGAAGCAAGUAGAGGGGAGCCUGGGGUCGAUCACACUCAGCGAUCUCACGCAGUAUGGCGCGCUGUAUCGGGAGAAGUUUAUGACGACCGGUACGGAAGCGCUGAGCUUCGUGUAUGUUCGUGAUUCGGCUAAAGGAGCCACGACCACCGGUCGUGGUUUGCAAAAGGAUGCCCAGCUAUCGAUCGAUAUGUCUUCGGUGCGGUACAUCCACACGAAGCGCUUCAUUGCGGAAAUUCAGCUUUUCUUCCGGGAGUUUUCCCAUCUUCAAACGCCAAUGAUGAGGAAAAUUAAGCCUUCGGAUGCUCGGGCUUACCACAAUCAGCGGCCGACGCAGCUAGGGCUGGCCAUCAACGCCGGCGCACCGAUCAUACUGCUACCGAUGAGCUACAACAGCGAACAUGUGAUCGUGGCCGAUUUGGGGGAGUUUAGGUUAACGAACGAGUUCCGCCUGAGUGCCGGUGAUCGCGAAGUGCUGGAUGUGAUGCACGUUAACCUUUUCCACACGGACAUCUUCGCUGCUCGCAUGGAGGAGAAGCCGGAUGAUCGGUUCAUAAAUGUACCGACGACGGGGAUAAACACUUCCAGCGACGGUGCAUCAUCGUCGUCUGUGAUCGAUAUGCGUGGCUAUCGGUUGGUAAGGAAGGGAGCCUGUUUGCUGAAGGAGAAGUGUCAUUUGAAGCUGGAGGUAGAACGAAACUUGGACUCGCUGAGUAGUCAUUUCGUUCCGGAUAUUAGUGUACGUGGUACCUUGUCAAAGCUGGAUGCGUUGCUGGAUCUGCAGCAGUACCGGCUGAUACGUGGCUUUUUGUCGCACAACCUUGGUGAAUCGAUCGAUGAGCUGUACAUGCGAGCAUUCUCCAUUCCAAACAGUACGCUUACCCUGAAUGCGACCGAUACGCUGGGACCCGCCGCCGAUGGCGUCCUGGAUGAGGUGUGGAAGAACCUUUCCAUCAAUCUGGAACUGUUGGAUGUGUCAGUCCGGUUGGUUCAAACGCUAGACGAUCCGCGUCAAACGGUGCAACCGUUGGCUUGUGUUAACUUCAUCAAAUCGAAGCUUCUGGUCGAUUGCUUCAGUGACGGAGCGCAAGACAUCGAUCUGGUAUCGCAGGAGAUUCAGUUGAUCGAUACGCGCUUCCUAACCGCCGAAGGUAGUAGUCCGGGGUGCGGUGAAGUACAAAACGUGUUCCCGAACAUUCUUCAGCCAAUCCGCGGCGAGCCGGGGACGGAGUUGGUGCAGGCCGAAAUUCAUAGCCGAAGGCGCCGCGACCUGACCAAGUUUACCAUCCUAUUAAACAACAUGCGCCUAAUGGCGAUACUGGAUUGGUUGGAGAACGCGCGGGACUUUAUCUUGCAGCAGGAGGACCCACCGGCACAACCACCAGCGUUGUUGGUAGAAGCUGAGCCAAGCGUUAGUACAGCAAUCCCGCGAACCAGCCCUAACGAGGCGCCACGGCGCAUGACACCGGCAGCCCCGGCCGAAGAGGGUCGUAUGGAGCUGAAGCUCAACAUUACCGAUUCGGAGCUGGUAUUUGUGGAGAAAACGGAUCAGCAUGAUACGAAUGCCGUCAUCUUGAAGAGCACAACCGUCGUCUCGUAUCGUCCGUUCGAGGCGAACAAAACGCUUUCGAUCAAUCUGAACAAUCUGGAAGUGUUUUCGUGUAUCUUCGGAGCCGAAGACCGAACCGCCCUGUCCAUCAUUGAUCCCGUCACGAUCAACAUGGAUGUGAAGAAGGGAGUUCUUGAAAUUCAAAUGCAGAAACAGUUGUGCAUUCGCUUAUCCUACCACGAUGUGCGAAUGUUCCGCCAAAUGCUGGAAUCCCUUCCUGAGCAGACGAAGAAUGCUCGGCAGCAGCUAAACCAGCGCAAGGAUGGUGGUAGUAAGCACUAUGCAAGAUCCGUAUCGGGUGAUUGCGGUAACGGCAGCUACGGCAGGGAAAUGGUGAAUCUAAAAUCCGUCGAAAAGCUCGUCAAUCUCGGUUUUAAGCGAGAGGAUUGUCUACAAGCGCUCGAACGGUGCAGUAAUCAGCUGGAUGAAGCGGCUCUCUGGUUAACGCAAAACAAGGAACCUCGGCGGCACGAUGAAUCCGGUCGCAUGCUGAGCCACAGCAGCAGUGUGGGAAGUGGUGCUGACGGAGCAGCUGGUGAGGCUGAUGGUUCGCUUAGAAUAAGUGCCAUCGAGCUAAAGUCUCCCUGCAUUUCGAUAUGUGUGAUUGACGAUUGUCGCGAUGCGGAUGUGCCGCUGGUGGAGCUUUCGUUGAGCAAGCUCGAUCUACGGCAAGACGUUGGUCAAACGCGAUAUCGCGUCGAUCAGCAGGAACAGCAGCAUGCAGCGGUAGAGAGUGCGAGGCAAGCGCUAGCCAUCAGUGACGGUGAUGACCCACUCGGUGUCACAUUUUCUGGCUUCAACGCAGGCCGUAUAUCGGGAGUGUUUGCGAUCGAUUACUACAAUCGUGUGCUGAGCGGUUGGGAGCCGAUGAUUGAACCGUGGAAGCUGGAAGCGAAAUGGGGCUACAGUCAACUGGCAAUCGGUUCAGAGCCGCCCACUGGUGCAUCCGGGGGCAAUCGGUUAAACAUGCGCGUGGAAAGCAACGAUACACUGCGGCUAAACGUCACCAGCACGCUGAUCGAGCUAAUCGCGAUGGUGAAGGACAAUUGGAUGCAGGAUCUGUACUCGGAUACGACAACGAAGGGAGGCGACAGUUCAUCUCCGCCAGGUUCACAGACACAAUUGGUCGCAUCGAGAGGCCAGCAAGCCCACUAUCGCCAACGGGCACCGUUCAUACCGUUCGCGAUUAAGAACGACACGGGCGUAAGGCUCUGGUACACGACGCUGAUCUCCUCGGAGCUAAUUUCCUCGCUCGGCCGUAGCUCCCUGAGCUCGAUGCCCAAUGUACCAGCUGAAGCAAACUGGACCCUGGUGGAACCUGGCUCGAUGGCAACAUUCUCGUACGGGACACGUAACAAGGCACGGCACCGGGAUAGCCACAAGGUGAACCUGCAUCAGAUUGCGGUGCGUGUCGAGGGUUGGCAAGAGGUGGGCCCGAUAUCGGUCGAUCGCGUCGGGACGUACUUUCGACAUGCGCGGCCAGAUCUGUGCACCGUUUCCGAUUACUCGCAGAUUCCCCGUGCACGGAUCGUGUUCGGUGUGACGAUGGAAGGUUCUGCCCAGAAGCUGAUCACUGUCCGGUCAGCACUGAAGCUGAUCAACAAGCUCGACCUGCCGGUGUUGGUCAAGAUGGAGCACCUGUUUGGUCAUCUCAACAUACGCCACUGGCCCGACACCAAAACCGCUAUCCUGCACUCGAACGAGCUGCUCCAUGUCCCGCUGACGCACGUCCAUGCGGUCCUGUACUUCCGGCCGCUCGUUUCGAACGCUACCGUUGCCAGUGCGAUCGCUGGCGAUCAGCAGCAGCUGGAGCCACAAUCUGCGUCGUCCCGCUCGGCUUCACCGGUAACGGCACUCGCCACGAUGGGCGUCGGUGGUUCACAGCAGAGCAAUUCAAGCGAUGGCUGGAGUCUACUGCAGCGGUUCGACGUUCCGAAGGUGCUCGCUCACAAUGGAUUUCAGUUUACCGAUCGCGGUGUGCAGUGGUCUGAGGCGAUCGAACCGGGCGAGAACUAUCAGGAGCUACGGAGCUGCCGUGGGCCACGAGAUAAAACCUGUAAGCUGUUGCUGUCGAUCCGCAAAGAACCGUACCCUGCGAAGGAGCUAAUUCAUCUCCCCGGGCACGUGAUCACUAUAUGGCCCCCAUUGCGUAUUCACAAUCUGCUACCUUGCGAUCUGCUCUAUCGGUUACCAUCGGGCAGCCAGGGACGGAUUUCGUCGUCGGAAACGGCACGCAUCACCGAGGUGGACAUCGAGCAACAGAUCGUGCUGGAAGUAACGCUCGAUAGUUAUCCAAAUGCCGGUUUUGUAACGAUCCCGGCCGCUACGUACGGUACGGUUACCCAAGAUGUCCGUUUGUUUGAUGUGUGCAAGCGCAUGCUGAAGCUAUCGGCCACGAUCGUGACGAUGCGGGGCCGUGGUGUACAGAUAUCGAUCGGUGCACCGUACUGGCUGGUAAAUCGAACCGGGCUACCACUCGUCUUUCGCCAGGAUGAUCUCGAUACCGAGUGUGCCGGCCAGUUUUCGGAGAAUGAGCAAGCCCGUAUGAUCAGUCCGUUCAUGUUCGCCUUCAGUGAUCCAAGCUGUUCCGGUGCACUAACGAUGCGGUUGGGUCGGCGCUAUGGCUCUAACCUGCAGUGGUGCCAACCGUUCAAGCUGGAACAAAGCACUCAGCAUCGGCAACUGAUGGGUGCGUCGGAAACGUUUAUCAUCGGAAUAGAGGUACGGCGUGCGCGGGGCAAGUACGGCCAAACGUCGAUCGUGACAUUCUCGCCACGCUAUCAGCUGUACAAUCGGAGUAGCUACAAGCUGCAGGUGCUGCAAAAGUGUCUCGUUAGCAGCACGACCGUGUACGAUCCGGCAGCUCGGUCAGCCUACAUCGAAGCCGUACCGGGGUGCCACAUUCCCUUCCACUGGCCACGGCUGGAGCGCGAGCAUGAGCUAUGCGUACGAUUGCCCGAGGUACCCGAGUGUCUUUGGUCGGGCGGUAUACCGAUCAGUGGAACCGGGCUCAGUCUGUACAUCAACAUCCGUAACAUGAACGGUGCCAUGCACUUCCUGCGCCUCGAAACGAUCCUGCACGGUGCGACGUACUUUAUGGUGUUCAGUGAUGCGCAAGCGCUGCCACCACCGAUCCGGUUGGAUAACUACUCGCACGUACCGAUCAGCUUCCACCAACCGGUCGCAUCUGCUGGUCGGUCCAUUUUUAAGACGAUCGUACGGCCUCACUCGUCGAUCGCGUACGUUCUGGAUGAACCGACGGGACCACCGUACCUGCAGCUCGAGGCUCCCGGUGGUGAUUACUCCAACUGUCGCCUGGAAGGUGGCUUCGAGCCGUUCCGGUUGAUGUACGAAAACUUCAUCUAUAUCGCCUUUGGCCAAACAUUCGAAUCAUCCGUGCCCUCGUACGCCGGUGACGGCGGUCGGUACGAAGUGCAAACGCUCCAGCUCGUACUCGGUGUGGUCGAUGGGAGGGUGCAGCUGGUACGCAAACAGGCCGGCGAUCGGUCGCAGCUGUGGCGCAUGAACAACGAGAAGCAGCUGGAACACGAAGGCACCUCACCACCGAGUGAACCGGGCAAGAAGCAACCACGGUACGUGCUGGACCUCGAGAAACCGCCACAACCGAUGCAGCUGAUCGGGCUCGUCGUACGGCCAGCCAAUCGGCAGCGGAAGUUAACACAAACGUGGCGCUUUACCGAGGACGGUCGGUUGAUGUGUGAACAUUCGAACAUGUGCGUUCAGGCACGGGGUGGAAUUUUCGGGCUGCGUGAAGGUUCCGAGGCCGUGCUGGGGAUGUGCGUAUCGGAUACGAAGGUCCUGACCAAGUGUGGUGUACCGUUUGAGCAGGCGAUCGAAAGGCAAAAGCUGCGCCCCGGUUCCGGGUGUCUUUCGGUGGCGUAUCGUAUGGAUGGUCCAAUCAAAUCGAUUCAAAUCCGUGACGUCAAGGCCGGCAGUAUUGGACCGCUAACGCUGGACGCUAGCUGGAAGCAUGUUUCUCACAUUUUUGCCAACGAAAGCAGCACCGAACAUCACGGGUCAUUUGAGGAACACCAGCACCACCAGCAGCUGCAGCAGGAGCUGUUAGGAGCAUCACCACGGGCCAAGGCAUGGUUGGAACGAGCGCAGCGGAAUGAGGAGAUGGCGAAGCGCAAAGAGCCUUCCAUUAUGGCGUAUCACGUGCAGCUAAGGCUUCGCAAAGGCAUCGGAUUGUCGCUCAUCUCGAACCAACCGUGUGAAGAGAUCGCUUACGUCACGCUCGAAAAUAUCAACAUGGAGUGCAUCCGGUCGCCAACGGUGAACACGCUCGACUUUAGUGUCGGUGAUAUGCAGAUCGACAAUCAACUGUUUGAAACGUCCUGUCCGAUCAUGCUCUACACGUUUGGUGGUGGUGGUAGUGCGGAUUCGACUCAAAUGUCCUCCUCGGUCAGUGGUAGGAGAACGUCCACUGGUAGCAAUUCACCGUCGUCACUUCAGCUCAACGUACGGCAACUACCAAGCCCCAACACGAAUGCCGUCAUCUUCGAACACUUUAUUCUCAGCAUCCGACCGGUGGCGGUCUACCUGGAAGAACGGUUGUUCCUGCGAUUGGUCAAGUUCCUCGGGUUCGCCAAACCGACCGUCGAUCCGACGACCCUCCCCGAUGAAACGGAUUACGAGGCACAGAAGAUCAUCUACAAGGUGCUGGAUAGUAACGUGAAGCGGUACUACUUUGGCGAUCUACGCAUCAUACCGAGCCAAAUCCGGUUAAGCUUCGUUACGGCGAGCAAGCUGACGCCUGAGUUUGCCGAGAUCAAGCGCAAUCUCGGUUUCACGUUCAUCAAGUUCGAGGAUGCCGUCAUAAACUUUGAACAGUUUGCACACAAGUACCACUUUGAGACGCUCGACGCGUACCUGAAUGCGAUCCGGGUGCACUACAAGCAGGAGUUGAAGUGGCAGGCCGCUUCCAUCCUCGGUAGUGUCGAUUUCCUCGGGAAUCCACUCGGUUUUGCGAACGACCUGUCGGAGGGUUUCUCCAGUUUACUGCUCGAGGGAUCGAUCUCGUCGCUCGUGAAGAAUGUAACGCACGGUAUCUCGAACUCGACGGCCAAGCUAACGGAGACGAUAUCGGAUGGGUUGGGCCGUGUUGUGUUCGAUGAUGAGCACGUGGAACGGAGACAGCGUAUUUUGGAUGUGUCCGGUGGUGGUGGCAGUAGCAGCAGUACGACCGGUGAUCAUCUGGUGGCCGGUUUUAAGGGAUUCACCUUCGGACUGAUUGGUGGCGUGACGAGUAUCGUCAAGCACACCUACCAGGGGACGGCCAACGAUGGGCUGUCCGGGUUCAUUACCGGUCUCGGUAAGGGGUUGGUCGGUACGGUGACCAAGCCCGUGAUCGGAGUGCUCGAUCUGGCCUCCGAAACAGCGAAUGCGGUUCGUGAGCAGAGCAAAGGCUCGAAUCGUAUUCUGCCCGAUCGCAAACGUUUACCGCGGACGGUAACGGGUGCUCCGGGUGGGUUGUUACCGCCCUACUCGAACCUACAGAGCACCGGCCAGCACUAUCUGUUCCUGAUCAACAAGCGAAACUUUAGCGAACAGUUUAUGGCGUACGAACCGUGCCUGCUCGAUACGAAGGACUCCAAGAUGCGCCUGCUCGUGUCGGCCGAGAACGUGUGGGGCUUCUCGAAGAACGGCGAAACGACGACGAUCGUGUUCCACUAUCCGAUGAGCGAGAUCAUCUCCUGUCACCCGGAAACGAUCACGGCCGGUGGUGGUGGUGGUGAACAGAGUGGCUCAACGGGCGGGAAAAGUUCUAGUCACCGGCGUACGAUCACUUACAUCGAGUUUUGCCUAUCGCUACCCUCCAAGUCCUCACUUACUCCGAGCGCACCGGAAAUGGUGAAGCGACCACGUGUGCGCUGCCAGAACGAGGAGAUUGCAAAGAAAGUUUGCUACUACAUUAACUUUGCCAAGUGCAUCUACGAUGAGCGAGAGCAGACACUCAAUAUCAGUACUGUGAUUGAAUAGUAGUGCGGCCGGCCCUCCCUAACCCGGGGGACCACGUGGUGGUUUUGGUGCUGUGCACUGAAACCGAACGAUGGACCAAGGCCGGCGCCCAAUGGUUGAGCAUGCCAAAGCAAUCUGAAUCAAAAAGCAAAUAGCUAGUAGUAUACCAACAAUCCAAACACAUCACACUUAAGGAGGCGCGGCGGAGGAAGGGGAAGGAAGAGCAAAGGAACUGGAACCAAAAAGGGUGCCCUCUUCAUCCGACGGUUAUCUGCAACGACUCUGUGUUAUCAUUAAAUUUGGAACAAAUCGCGUUAAGUUUAUCGUACUCUUGUUGGGGAGGAGCGUUUAUCAUACGAUUGUUUUCUCUUUAAUUUUGUCAUCGGUGCGUGUGGUGAAGGCUGGUAGUAAGUGGCGUGUCCGUAUUUCCCGGGUUCAACCUGGAAUUGCAGCCUGCCGAGUGCAGUGCGCAGUGAGACUGUUCCUUUCCCACCCAUUUUACUACGGUUAAAGACAAGUUGCGAUAUCAGGAGACGAAAUAAAAAAUGUAUAUUAUUUUCCUAACUUAC